GCAGCCCAUAAAAACAGGCGGGUGGCGUUUCCUUUCUGUUUUCAAAAAUAAAGCUUAAAACACAUAAAAAUAGCUAUUGAAGGGAUUCAGAUGUCUGCAAAACGUCGUACACUUGUCCACUGGUUCCGCAAGGGACUUCGUGUUCACGACAACCCCGCGCUGUCACAAAUAUUUAAUGAUGCUCGCGCGUCGCCGGAAAAGUUCUAUGUUCGACCUAUAUUUAUAUUAGAUCCUGGUAUCUUGGAUUGGAUGCAAGUGGGCGCCAAUCGUUGGCGUUUUCUUCAACAAUCUCUCGUCGACUUGGACAAAAAGCUCAAGGAACUUAAUUCGCGCCUGUAUAUUGUUCGCGGCAAGCCCGUUGAUGUUUUUCCUGAGCUGUUCGAGCGUUGGAACGUUCAGCUAUUGACAUUUGAAUCGGAUAUUGAACCGUACGCCCUGCAGCGUGAUACGACGGUACAAAAGAUAGCAUCGGAACAUGGAGUCAAAGUGGAUACCCACUGCUCGCACACGAUUUAUAAUCCAGAGCUGGUUAUAGCCAAAAAUCUUGGUAAAGCGCCUGUUACCUACCAGAAGUUCUUGGGUAUUGUCGAUAAGCUGAAGUUGCCCAAAGUGCUGGCUGUUCCAGAGGGCCUUCCGGAUGGAAUUAAGCCAAUAGCAGAUGAAUUCGAAGCGGUCGAUUCAUGCGUCUAUGACUGUCCAACGUUAGAUCAGUUAGUCAAGCGGCCCCAGGAGCUCGGCGUGAACAAAUUUCCAGGCGGUGAAACAGAGGCACUGCGUCGCAUGGAAGCAUCACUUAUCGACGAGAAUUGGGUGGCAGCUUUUGAGAAGCCGAACACGGCACCAAACUCGCUUGAACCAAGCACUACGGUGCUCAGUCCAUAUUUAAAAUUCGGCUGCCUUAGCGCGCGGCUGCUGCAUGAACGGCUUAAAGAGAUUCUGGUGCGGAAGCCAAAGCAUUCCAAACCGCCCGUUUCACUAGUCGGUCAGCUGCUGUGGCGCGAAUUUUACUAUACGGUAGCCGCAGCUGAUCCCAAUUUCGACCGUAUGCUGGGCAAUGCUUACUGCCUGCAAAUACCCUGGCAAAAGCAACCUGAUCAUCUGGAGGCCUGGACGCACGGACGAACUGGGUAUCCCUUUAUCGAUGCCAUAAUGCGCCAGCUCCGGCAAGAGGGCUGGAUACAUCACUUGGCGCGUCAUGCGGUUGCUUGUUUUUUGACGCGCGGCGAUUUGUGGAUCAGCUGGGAGGAUGGACAGCGGGUCUUUGAGCAGCUGCUUCUUGACCAGGACUGGGCAUUAAAUGCAGGAAACUGGAUGUGGCUCUCAGCUUCCGCGUUCUUUCAUCAAUAUUUUCGUGUUUACAGUCCAGUAGCAUUUGGAAAGAAAACUGAUCCCACUGGCGCCUACAUAAGGAAAUACGUCCCGGAACUGGCUAAAUAUCCAGCGGGAUGUAUCUAUGAGCCAUGGAAAGCAACACUUAGCGCUCAGCGUGAGUACGGAUGUGUGCUUGGCGUUGAUUAUCCACAUCGAAUUGUCAAUCACGAUAUUGUCCACAAGGAAAACAUAAAACGCAUGAGCGCCGCCUACAAGGUGAAUCGUGAAGUGCGCACCGGCAAACAGGAGGAUCAAAAUGAUUACGAGCCAUCACCGUCGCAAUCCACUGGAAAGCGCAAAGCAAGUUCGGAAGCAAAAAAAACGGUUGCUAAGCGCAGACGUUGACUAUCCACAAUAUGAUAACGAUCUCCAGUUAGCAAAUUCUACAUAUCCUUGAUCCUUGUUAUAAAGCAGAUUUUAGGUGCAUUUCGAAUACGUGUACUCUUAGGUCAGAUAUGCGAUCUAUGCUUAAUGGUAUUCCAAUUUUGAAAAAGCUUUGUAGAGACACAAGGUUUAACAAUGGUUAGCUAUAUGAUAUAUUGGGUCGAUCCGAUAAACAUACUGACAGACUAGUUUGAAAAGAAAUAGUUGAUUCCUCAGGUGAAUCUGAUCAAAAAUGUGUCUUGAUUAUGGGUCGAAACAGAGAAUACCCUCUUUAAGUGGAUAACCGCGGCAAAUAUACUCCAGAUCGCAAUAGUUGAA